UGGCAAAACCUACGGGUUGCUUCAUGGCCGGUUAGACAGAUACAAUUCGAAAAGAUAAUGCAGACAGACAGCUGUUCAUGCGGUCUUUUCAUGUUAAACUACAUGGAAUACUGGACAGGGGAUGUGCUGUCUGACAAUAUAACUCAGGAUGAUAUGAUACAAUUCAGGACAAAAUUAGCUGCUAUUUUGUUAUCAUCAGAACUAAACAAGAGAAAAGGACAUCCGUUAGUCGAAGAGAAAGAUGAAGAAAGUGGAAGUCCAGAUGAUGUUGUGAUGCUAAAAAAUCCCCCUAAUCUAUGCAAAAGGUCACAACAAUCCGUUCAGUCUAAAGUCAUGAAUACAAAUAAGUCUGCCGAUGAAACUAGAGACCAGUCCUCAUUGUGUGCCCUUUCCAUGGUGGACAUACCGAUAGGCAAAAAAGAACUGACAGAUGUCGUAUGCAAUUAUAUCAUGUCAAUUGAUGAUGCUGAGACAUUAGAGACACAAUGGGUGCAAAGUUUGAAGCCUUACCUGAUUUGCUUAAGUGUCAAGCAACUCCAAGCAUCAUUAAAGAUGGAUCAACCCAUGUCCAACGCUUGUUUCAACUUGGGUGUUCGGAUUCUCGCAUACACAGAAUACAAGAUGUUGAAAAGUUCCAAGAAAAUGGUUUCAAAGCACUAUAUGGACCUGCAAUUCUGCACGUUAUCUGAUUUUGGACGAGACCCAAAGUAUAGAAAAAAGCUUGAUGUUCGAGAGUUGGCCAAAUCGUUAGAAAGCUGGCCUUUCAUGAACUAUGAUGUCUCACGUUGCAAAUUUAUUCUUAUGCCAUUUGCACAACAUGGCAUGUUCUUGCUUUUUGUGUUCGACCAUGAGGACAGAACUAUGACCGUACUGGACUCCAAUCCUAUUCCAGAUUGGUAUAAAGAUAUGCCAUACAAGCAGUACGCACAUAAAAUUAUUCAUAUUGCCAAGUAUUAUAUGGUUGCCAUGAGAGUAGCAUGUCCUGGGUGGAACGACGAUGUUUAUAGAUGGCAACAUAUAAUCUCAGCUGGUACUCCAACGGACGUAUACGGGUAUUUAUCUGGUUAUUUCGUUUUGCAAUUCAUGUGCUCAUGGAAUGGUAAAAAGCUACACACACCAAUAUGCACGGAUGACCAAGCACUAAGGAGGCACUUUUUGAUCAGCCUAUUGACGUACGACGAGAAUUCAUGUCGACAUGUAAUACCUGCAAGUGUACGAGAAUAUCUUAGCCGUAUCGUGGGCAAGAUGAUUUGA